GCUUUAUUAUGUUUGUGGCCUACUUGCAGUCUUGCACUCUGUAAGGUUGGGUUGGUUUGGCUUUAUAUGAUUAUAUCGUAAGUCACGUUCCAUGAUGUCAACAAGCCCAUUCUCAAAUGAACAUGUAAUAACCUAAACGAUCAAACUAAACUGAGAUAUGUUGCCAAAAUGAAAAUUCGCAUGAUCAAAGUAUUUCUAAUUAGGGUGUUGUUACGUAUUCAUAAUUGCAUAUACAUAUUUUUGCGUUAAGGUGACGUGUGGGACUGCGUCACUCCACCGAAGGACCGCGUCGGGUUAAUGUGAAGGCAAUUAUGAAUAUCUUAUGUUUAUGAUUUAUGACCCACCCCACUAAUGUAUAUAUGUUAGUAAUACUUAUAUAAGCACUUGACUUCUGCCAUUAUCGCCUCGUGAUUGUUCUCAUUUUGAAAUCAUUUGCUUCGUUGAAACCACACUCUCCUUUUGCUCUAUCUUCUCCUUUGGUUGAAUACUUGAAUCAUCCAAUCUUCGACCAAAUUUCUCAGAAUUUGAAGCAUGUCAGAUGAACAAGAGGCUCCUCUGAUUAAUGGAGUAGAACACAAGAUUUGUGAGGUACUUCCGUUUGUAGAUGAUGACUACGGAGGAGUGAUCGUGGAGAUGAAAACUCCUAUGGAUACUAAGUCUUUUGUUGCAGCUCUUAGAUAUUCAUUCGAGCACUGGCGGUCACAGGGUAAAAAGGGAGUCUGGUUAAACUUGCCUCUCUCACACGUAAACCUCGUGGAACCUGCGGUUAAGGAAGGUUUCCGGUAUCACCACGCUGAGCCAACUUACCUGAUGCUAGUUUAUUGGAUUCCGAAAGCCGAGAGUACUAUUCCUUUGAAUGCUUCCCAUCGUGUUCGUGUUGGUGCUGUUGUCUUGAACCAUAACAAAGAGAUUCUUGUGGUGCAGGAAAAAUACGGUAAAUUACGCGGAUCAGGUAACUGGAAGAUCCCAACAGGAGUUGUUGACGAGGGUGAGGAGAUUUUCGCGGCAGCCAUUAGAGAAGUAAAAGAAGAAACAGGCAUCGACACUGAGUUUUUGGAGAUUCUAGCUUUCUGUCAAACCCACGAGUCAUUUUUUGCCAAGUCAGAUUUAUUCUUCGUUUGUCUCUUGAGACCUACCUCCUUUGAUAUUCAAAAACAGGACUUAGAAAUCGAAGCAGCUCAAUGGAUGCGGUUAGAGGACUCUGCCUCUCAACCUAUCACACACAAGAACGAACUCUUCAAAGCUAUUCACCGCAUUUGCUCAAUGAAAAUGGAGAAUAGCUAUAGUGGUUUUUCCUCACAACAUAUUACAACUUUCUUUGACGACAAGUUAGGUUAUCUCUACUUGAAUAAACAAGAAGAUAUGAAAAAACAUAUCUCUUAAUUCUUCUUCCAAGAACAUAAAACUUCAAACAUCGUCAUUAUAAUUUUCUGAUCUAAAAACAAUCAAUCGAUCUGAAUGAAAAGAAAUGCACGAGGUUUAGAUUUUCUAUUAUAAAAGAGAUGCUGAAUU